AUGAGCCGUCCUGCAAUAAUGUAUUACAUAAUAUUAUUUAUUAUUAUUUUAACCAAAAAAUAUGAGUGCUUCAGCAAAACAAGUAAUAACAGAAAAAUCGAACAAAUAUCGUUAUUUUUGAAAAAUAAUUUAUUGGUCUUACAACAUCUAGAAGAUAUUCCUACUGUUGGUAUUCUCGAAGCUAGUGAGAAUCCAGAAACAGAUGACAUAAUAAAUUCAUUUUUAUCAACAACACCACCAGCCCAUCAAUCAACUUCAUUCAUUAUUUUAAAUAAAAUACCUGAAUAUCAAUUGAAUGGAGGUAUGACCUUAAGACUGACAAUUGUGUUCGUUGAUUAUAUUGAAGACAGUGUUGAUAUUGUUAAAAAGGUAUUGAGUUGUUGCAAAACUUGGGAUAUUUAUUCAAAAUAUAUUUUAAUUGGAUUAAAUGAGUUUGAUGAAGCCGACACGUUCAAGUCUGUACUCAAAGCUAUGUGGAUAGAAAACAAGUUAGUCAACCUCGGAAUAGUCCACAUAGAUUUUUCUAAUGAUCUUCAAGUAGUUACCUAUAAUCCUUUCAAAGAUGAAAUUCGAAGCUUAAAACUAUCCGCAUCGACAACGAUAUUUCCAAAUAAGCUUAAUAAUUUGUACGGACAUAAAAUAAAAGUAGCUUAUUGGAUUGUUUAUCCUUAUGCCUAUAAAAAAGAUGGUACUAUGAGAGGAACUGAAUUUGAUUUUGUAAUGACAUUUUUAAAAGCAAUUAAUGCAACUGCUAAAUUAGUUAAGAAAGAAAGCUAUGGUGAUGGUUGCUGGGUUACAACCUUUUUGGUACAUCCCAAAGCAGUCAAACAAAUCAAUACCAUUAGUGACUUAGUCGAAAGCAAACUUGAACUACAAGUCGUUCGGCUGUGGAAAUCUAUGUUGACUACCAGACUUCAAGACCAGUAUAAUUUCACCGAAAUAAAUUACUUUGAUUCAAUAUUAGAAGGAAAAGUAAAAAAUCGAAGUUAUGGCGUCACGCUCGAUUUUAUAAAAAAUAUCCCUUACCUACGUCCCAAAAUGAAACUUGAUAAUGUGUAUCAUCAGGUGGCAGAAUUAAUUGGAUCAGGCUAUAUGGUUUUUUAUUUGAGCUCUGGUUGCCCUUACAAAGAAGUCCUAAAUAAAAUGUCCCUUAGAGGCCUAGCUUAUGGUUAUCAAUCCAAGGAUUGGGGAACUAUCAAUAUCCCCAACUUAGAUACAGCAGUUGUAACCAAGCUAAAAUUAUCCCACCUACACAAUGUGUUUUAUCUUUGGUCAGCUGGAAUCGCCAUAAGUAUUUUGAUGUUCACCGUAGAGUUGCUUUGGGACCGUUAUAGAAAAUUGCUUUGAAACGGAUUUUUUUUUUGCACAUAGAAAAAGGUAGCCAGUAAGUACCUACCUAAUUAGCAUAAAAAUGUGUGAAAUUAUAGCAAAGUAUAUUAUUUUCUGGAAAUGCAGAGUGAGGUAUGUGCAAGAGUUUUUGGAAAUAUUUGUGUAUAGUUUGUUGCUAUCGUCUAUCGCCCGUGGAUAUAUUUCUAAUUCUUAGCCCUGCCAUAUCGAAUAUUGUCAGGUUUUCAAAUAUAGGUAUUUUAUUUUUUGGUGAGACUUUGUUGUUGUUGUUAUUGUUGCUUUAAAUUAAACUACGUAAUGCUAAUCGAAA